AUGUUGUUAUCAGAUAUCAAAGUUUUACUAAGUGUGGCCCUUUUCAGUACUCAAUUGACGACAGCAGCAACAGUAGUGGACGUUGAAGAGGAACUUAUUUGUCCUGAUCCUACCAAUCCCACAAUUUGCUACCCUAAAAUAUUUGUUGCUACAAACGAUUGGCAAAUUAUAAAACCAGGUCAAGAUAUCCCCGCUGGACUACACGUUAGAUUGAAUUUGGAAACUUCGGAACGAGAAGCUAAAUUGAUGUCGGGUGAGUCGGAUAAUGAGGUAAAAGAAGAAAGCGUUGUUGUUGUUGUGGGAGGUGACAAUGGAGGAGAGCAAGCACACAAUGACGAUUCUGAUAAACUUAAACAUGAGCAAAUUGCCAGUGCUCUUCAUAUAAAUAAAAAGAACAAGCUGAGAGUGAGUCAAGGUGACUUGUCUGAUUUCGAUUCGGCUGUGGAAGAAGUUGAACAUUACGAUCAACAUGGUGACAAGGAACGAUUAUUGAAAGCGUUGGACACUAUAAAUGACUUGUCCCAUGAUAUCGAACUUGGAGAGCAGUUGACCAGCAAUGGAAAUCUUUUCCAUAAAUUGAUUGACUUGUCUAGCAACACCAAUGAUGUGCAGCUUGAAGAAAAAAUCUACAAUAUCAUUGCUGCGUCGCUUAGGAACAAUCCUGGUGCUGUUGCAAACCUACUCGACGGGAAAGUUGCAGGUCUCAAUGUGGAGGAGUUCAUUGACUCGUUAUUGAAAGCCAUUAAUGAGUCGCCAAGUAUUAUACAAAAGCGCAAAACCGGUAUCAUUCAAGCUCUAGUUCAAAAUCCAAGUAUAGCUGAAGAAUUGUUUUCAUUUGAGCAUCCCAAGGGUUUGAAUCAAGUGAUUGGUGUCUAUCCAAGCUUGAGUGCAGAAGCCAAAGUUCGGGUAGUACACAUCUUGGAAGAUCUCAACUUGAGAGGCAAUAACAAUGACAAGAGAACAAUUGAAGAUACUGACCCUGAUUCCAAUAUGUCCAAGUUUAUCCAACAAGCAUUAAGUGAAGGUAAAUUCAAGAAUGAUGACGAUGCGAAAGCCUUUUUUACCAACUUGGCAAAUUUGCACAAAAAUGACAGACGGUUGAAGCCAAGUUCUGAAUUUUUGCAAUGGUUGAGCAAGGAGGUUGAAUUGGGCAAAGAACGGAAAAAGAGAGAGGAUGUCUCCCAGCAAGAUCUCGACUUUGAUAAGUUUAUGCUAUCUGCUAGACACGAGAUAUUUGGUAAUCCCAUGGCAAUGAGAAAAGCUACCGCUGAUGAACUAUAA